AUGGCUAGGAGUCAUAAAACAAUUGACUCUGUAACACGUGUGUUGGAUAUGACAUCAGUACCCGCUAUGUUGGUAGAUGAGGAUUUACAGACGUUAAGAGACAUUUCUUCCGACAGCGGAGAUUCUGAAUAUGUCUCCAACGAUGAGAAUAGUGACGAUGCAGUUGACGAUACUGAUUAUGAAGAUCUUGGAGACCAGACGUAUGAAUGUCCUUUUUGCGGUGCAAUGAUGCAUGUGACAUCUAUUAAUAACGGAUCUGGUCCAUACACAUUUCUGUUACACGGACAAAAUUACCAUCUACUGGGCAGUUUAUUGCCGGAAGAAGGCACUAGGCCUAAGUUUGCCCAGCUUUACAUUUUCGACACAGAAAAUGAGAUUCAGAAUGGAAUUGAUGCGCGCGGUCAGCAGUACCGUGCUGUUCGAGAUCGUUUUUCCAAUGAUGGCCAUCAAGGAGUAAAACUCAGAUUGGUAAAGAGUCGCAGUACUGAUGGCAGGACGUACAAUCUUCCUAACGCAAGUGAAAUAGCAGGCUUGAUUGUUGGUGACUUUGACACACAAGAGGGUGUUAGGGAUAUUGUAGUUGAGACGCGCUCAAAUAAGCUUCAACGAAUCAGUGAGCUCCAUCCUCUUUACUUGCCUCUACAAAAUCCUCUUUUAUUUCCUUACAGUGAAGAUGGUUAUCGAGACGAUAUCAGUUUGAGAGAAUCUUCAUUUGCUGAUAAUAGAAAACGAAGGAAGUUCUGUGUUGAUCGAUUUUCGAUGGUUGAGUCACAUAGGUUGAAUAUAAGGUUCAAUCAGGAUCAACUUAGGAUUGACAUGUACAAGGGUAUCGAAGAAAAGAUUUUUAAAAGAGACACUGAGGGUAAAUCGGUUGGACAAGGCAUUAUAAUUCCAGGGUCGUUCACUGCAGGUCCAAGGUAUAUGUUUAACAACUUCGUUGAUGCUCUUCAAAUAUAUAACUGGAUUGGAUUUCCAACCCUCUUCAUCACCAUCGCAUGCAAUCCUCAAUGGCCAGAAAUACAAAGGGUGUUCAAAGAUACAAAUCUCAGGUCGGAGGAUCGGCCAGACAUUCUGUGUCGUGUGUUCAAGAUGCAGCUCGAUAGUAUGAUGACGGAAAUCAAGAAGGGCCGUAUGUUCGGACGUAUUAGAGCAUCCCAAGAACCCAGAAGAAUUGACAGGAUCAUAUGUGCUGAAAUUCCUGACAAAGAAAACGAUAGAAAGAUGUACCAGUUGGUGGAGAAAUAUAUGAUACAUGGACCGUGCGGUCAGGAGAAUUUGAAAUCUCCCUGUAUGAAUGAUAGAGUUUGCACGAAGCGAUUUCCAAAGCCGUUUGUGCAGCGCACUGAAUCAGAUGCAGAUGGUUUUACUGUGUAUAGGAGAAGGGAAGACGGCAGAACAGUUACGAAGAAGAAGACUACUCUUGACAAUGGGUUUGUGGUCCCGUACAAUCGUAUAUUGUUGAGUAAAUACCGAGCUCACAUUAAUAUCGAGCUAUGCAACCAAAACAAGUCAAUUAAAUACCUGUUCAAAUACGUAAACAAGGGGCAUGACCGAGUCACAGCGGCAUUUUAUGAAACACGCAAUACAGAUGGCGGUGCUGAGAUUCGUGAUGAGAUAAAGAUGUACUACGACUGCAGGUAUCUUCCGGCGUGUGAGGCAAUGUGGAGGUUGUUUAACUUUAAUAUUCAUUACAGAGACCCGUCCGUAAUUAGGCUAAGCUUUAAUCUCCCCGAUCAUCAGCCACCUGUCUUCAAUGAAAACCAGUCGUUACAAAGUGUGUUGGAUAGGCCAUCUGCCAAGCAAACUAUGUUCCUGGCGUGGUUUGAGGCCAACAAGAACUAUCCACAUGCAAGGGACUUGAGGUAUGCAUGUUAUGUGUUGGGUUUGCUAGAUGACGACAAAGAAUACAUAAAUGCAAUAAUAGAAGUGAAUACUUGGGCAUCGGGGGAUUAUAUAAGAAGGUUAUUUGCGGUUAUGCUGCUUUCCAAUAGCUUAAGUCGGCCCGAACAUGUUUGGCAAAGUUGUUGGUUGGAUUUGGCUGAGGGUAUUGCUUACAAACAACAACGUCUUCAUAAAAAUCCAGAUUUACAUAUAUCGGAUGAAAGCUUGAAGAACUAUACUCUCACCGAAAUAGAAAAAAUAUUGCAAAGCAAUGGUAAAAGCCUGCGAAAUUACGCGCCUAUGCCAGUUCCAAUCGAAUCCUCAGAUGAGGACACAGUAAACACAUUGGUGUUAGAUGAACUGGAUUACGACCGGUUUGAAAUGGGUAGAGAACUUCAACAGUGUCUUGCUUCCAUUACAGAUGAUCAAAGAAAAGUUUAUGAUGUAGUCAUGGAUGUUGUAUCCAAUGACAGUGGUGGAAUGUUCUUUCUAUAUGGCCAUGGUGGAACGGGAAAGACGUUUCUGUGGAAAACUCUUUCGGCUGCAGUUCGUUCGAAGGGAAAGAUUGUAAUUAACGUUGCAUCGAGUGGUAUAGCAUCGUUAUUGCUCCCCGUUGGAAGAACAGCUCAUUCUCGAUUCGGACUACCCAUAAAUGUUGACAAACCCUUUGGUGGUAAGGUGGUUGUUAUUGGAGGAGAUUUUAGGCAGAUUUUACCAGUUGUGCUCAAAGCAUCAAUGCAGGAUAUAGUACAUGCUACGAUAAACCCCUCUCCGCUGUGGAAUUUCUGUCGUGUCAUGAAGUUGACUAAGAACAUGAGAUUACAGUCAUGCUCUUCUCCAUCUAACGUGGAUGAGAUAAAAGAAUUUGGAGACUGGACACUGAAUGUUGGUAAUGGGGAUGUUGGGGAAGACAAUGAUGGUGAAGCUUCGAUAGAGAUUCCAGAUGACAUGUCUAUUGGUGAUUCAGAAUAUCCAUUCAGAGACCUACUCGAAUUCGUUUACCCGGAUUUGUUGAGUAACAUGUACGAUCGAGAUUAUUUUCAAGGGAGGGCAAUUCUUGCACCAACUAAUAAAUGCGUCGAGUCUGUGAACGAUCACUUAAUGUCUCUCCUUCCAGGAGAGGAGAAGGUGUACCUGAGCUCAGAUAGUAUGUGUAGGGACGAGCAAACAACGGAGGAUAAUGCAGAAAUUUAUUCGACUGAAUUCCUCAACACAAUAAGAUGCUCCGGAGUUCCUUCUCAUGCGUUGAAGAUCAAG